CCGACUAACGAACUUGACUCUUCGGGCCUCUGGUCACAACCCCCGACCCAGCGGUACUGAAGGGGCUGUAGAAGCGCCGAUUCAAGGGCACCGCCUCCAGCCGCGCUGCCUAUAAGUAGAGGUGGCUGAUAGCUCGUCGUAACUCUUCAUUUGACACCCAUCUACCAAACACCUCACCAGACCAUGACGCUUUCCUGCCUGCUGCUCUCCAGCCUCUUGGCCCUCCUCGCCCUCCUGAGCAACGAAGCGCUGCCUGGCGCUGACGCCCUCAGCAUUCAGCCCCGCGCGGUCGAUCCAGUCGGCCCCGGGUCCUCCUCUGACAACGACAAGGACUCGAACGCCGACUCGCUCGAGGUGCUCUGCAUGGAGGACGGAGAAAUGUGCAUCCGCGCCGGUACGGGCAUCUGGUUCCCCGAUGCUUUUGGGAUCUCAGGUUCGCAGGUUCAGGCGCAGGGAUCCACGCUCUACAUGCUCGACAAGACCGGGGGUAAUGGCUCGUUGGCUUGCGGCGCUUCUAAGGCUCUAUUCAGCUUCGUGGGAGGGGACGGGCCGAAGAUGUUCGACGGGCGCGACCAGAAUGGGGUCAAAAACACGCAGUUGACGGUGCGUUGCGGCGAGUACUGCGUGACCGCACGCUUUAUGCUGACCCGGACUUGGGCUCGGUUCAUCGCACAGGGCUACUUUGGCUCUGAUUCCUCCCAGAUCGUGAGUCUCUCUACACCAGCACUCUCGAGACUCCGACGCUUUCAAGCUGACCCAGCUCUCGUGCGCACCCCACGCAGACCACACACGGCGUCAUUACGACCCACAAACGCGGCGAAGAUCUCGUUGUCUACUGCGAGUAGCAGCACAAGCGCGAUGACAUGUACCUCGUUGCUCUUGAACCUUACCAUGAAUCCGCGAUCCUCUUUGCCUUGCUCUGAGCACCCAUCGCUCCUUUGUUGAGAUUGAGCGUGGCUGACCCUAUACCCAACGGCCCGCGAUGGCUGUUCAUUUGCUCCACAGCCUGCUCUGCUUACCCCGACCUCGAAGCCGUCGAUGCCUCCAUCCCUCUCUCCUC